GUCAAAGUUCACUCCAUGAUUCUUUACUUUUUGGGGAAAUUGCGUUUCACAAUUAUUAACUGACUCAGACGUGAACUUGGCACCUUGCUCUGCUUUAAUAUUUUAAUUCUUGACAAAAUGUUUGUGAGAUAUCUUGGAUUUGUUCUUUUGGUUUGGUUCCCGGAAAGACUGCAUGCACAAAGUGCAGUUCAUUCGUGUGAUGCUCCGAUUCUUGAUGAUGGUUAUUUGGUCCAGAAACAAAUCACGUAUCCUCAUGAAGCCAACCUCAUGUAUGGCUGUGAUAACGGGCGUAAACCGGCAGUGGAGGGUUGGUGGGCAACAAUCACAUGUCAAAAUGGCACAUGGUCGCAUAAACCACAGUGUAUAGAUGAAAAAGACUGCAUUCCACCAGAUAUACCUAAUGCAAAAUACAAAAAAAGCCCGAAAGGUUGGUAUGAUAACAAUCAAUCAAUCUAUAUAACAUGUGACAAAGAGUAUGAAUCCAAAAACCGGGAUGCUACAGCCAUAUGUUCAAAUGGAACAUGGACCUCUGUGCCGGUCUGUGAGAAAAGUAUCGAGACAUGUGGGGAGCCCCCUAAAAUCCCCCAUGCAGUCAUCAUCCAUCAGGAAUACCAGGAGUUGUUUGCUGCAGAUUCAGAAGUGCAGUAUGAAUGUGAAGAUGGAUAUACUGUAGAGGGAGGAGGAACCAAAGACAACAUCACUUGCAUCUUUGGAAACUGGACUGAAGGCUCAGCGUGCAGAGCCAGACCAGGUCCUGUAAAUGGUGGUUCUGCAGGGGGGGGAACAGGUGGGAGGCCCACUACAUCAACUGGCAGUGGGACACAACAGACAGUUGAAGUCAAAAACUGUGGACAGCAGCCCGUAGUAUCUAAUGGUGAUAUUGUGGGAGAUGAUUCAAUGUUUUUGAGGUACCAAUGUGCUGCUUGGUACAAACGAGUGGGUCCAGAGAGAGUGAGGUGUUACAGCAACGGCAUGUGGUCAGCAGUACCCGUCUGCAAAGCCACCUUCUGUUCUGUGGACACUGAUGCAUAUCGUGCAUUAUUAUCUGUUGGAGUUAAACAUUUUAAAGAUGGUGAGACCGGGAAAUUGCGAUGUGUGGACCAGGAUCACUGGUUGACAGAUCAUUAUUCUGUGGUCCGGUGCACUGACGGAAGAAUGGAACUUUCCAGAUGUUGCGGCUUUGGGGAUUUUGCUAAGGCUGGAUCACCAAGGGGAAGAUCUGCUGUCUUUGGAUCUGCUCAACGACUGAGAACAGUCUGGAAACUUUUCAGAGUCAGCAGAGUUAUGGUUGUGCUGUCACAUAAUCUUUGCUUGGUUGUUGACCAAUGUUCCAUCUUAAAAGGUCUUACGAUGAGACGCACUACUACCAUAUAUCUCGUUUCUAAUUUCAUUUCUACAUAAAUAAAUAAUCAAAUA